AUGAGUGAAAAUGAGAAGACUAAUAACGAUAAUGUAGAGAACGAUCAAGAGAUUCAGCUUCCUGAGUCGAAAAAAAGCGAAUAUAGUGGUUUUUUGAAAACUCUUUCUACUUUUACUGGCGAUAUAUAUAGUUUAACUUGUCCUAGUUUUCUACUGUCUGGUGUUUCAACAUUGGAGUAUGGUCAGUAUUGGGCAGAUUACCCUGAACUUUUUGCUCAGAUUUCAAAGCCUACCGACGAAGCCGAGAGGGCCGUAGCUGUUCUUAAAUGGUUUGUGAGUACUCUAUAUGGAUCUUUCGCCUCUAGAAAAGAUAAAGAAAAAAUCGAGAAAAAGCCUUUCAAUCCAAUUCUUGGCGAACAAUUUUUGGCAAAGUGGGGGGAUAUGGCUGGCUGUGGUGAGACUGUCUUAUAUUCAGAACAAGUUAGUCAUCAUCCACCAAUUUCUGCGAUUUAUCUUGAAAAUGAUCACGCUGGAGUGUCAGCAAAUGGACAUACUGGACAAAAAACACAAUUUAAGGCCACAUCUGCACGUAUUGAUGUUAUACAAGUUGGUCACGUUAUCGUUCGUCUACGAGAUUAUGAUGAUAAUUAUUUGAUAAUGUUGCCACCUUUACAAAUUCUUGGUUUAUGGAGAGGUGCUCCUUAUGUAGAAUUAAGUGGUACGAGUGUGAUCCAGUCUCAGAAUUUCAAUACGGUUAUCGAAUUUAGUGGUAGAGGGUGGAUUUCUGGAGAGAAACACACUUUUCAUAGCGUGAUACGUCGUAAUGGAUCUAAAGAUCCUUUAUAUACUGCCUCAGGAACUUGGUCGGGGAAAUCUAUUUUAGAAAAUCACACGACAAACGAAAAAUCCGUUUUUCUUGAUAUAGAAACCUCUUCUAGAGCUACUCCUAUUAUAAAACCAAUAGACGAGCAAAAUCCUUUAGAGAGCAUAAAGCUAUGGCAACAUGUUUCAAAAGCAAUAAAUGAGGGUGAUUUUUCAACUGCUUCUAAAUUAAAAGGCGAAAUUGAACAACGUCAACGUGAUAAAGUCAAACGUGGAGAAGAAACUACUCUUCAAUAUUUCGAUUGGAUUGAAGAAGAUAAUGAGUUUCAAUCCCUUUUUGACAUGAUUAAUAGUAAAUUAAAUUUAGAACACAAGUAUAAAGAAAAAGGAAGUUGGGUGUUUAAGAAAUUAUUGUUUAAAGAUAAUAAUUAA